AUGUGUCAACAGUUUCAAAAGAAAUACGCCCUUUGCAGCCACUCCCGCAAGACGACAGCGUGUCGCUGCAAAUCGAGAAUCCUCAGGCGGCUACGCAGCUUCAACAGGAGCGCCGUCGACGACUGCGAGGACCUGACCAUCUCGGAGACGGUAAUCACGAACGUGAUCUGCCCCGCCUGCGAGGAUGAGCAGCGCCGCGGGCGUCUGUCACGCGAGCUCUCCUCCUCCUCCUCCUCCAGCAGGACCGAGAGCAGACUUCAUGGGCAGAGCAGCCGCGGCACCAACACCAACAAGGAGCUGCCCCCGACACCGCCGCACCCACACACCAGCGCCGGAGCCGGAGUCGGAGCCGGAGCCCAGUCACAUACGGGCGGCGCCAGGCCUCUGGGCGUCGCCGCCACGGUCGCCCCGUCGUCGCUGGCCAGCGUCGGGACCGGAGAUCUGGUCGCGCUCGACCGCGGGACCUCCCGGGCCGUGCCGCUUGCCGCCCCGUCGCGGCCGGCGGUAGUCGUCAGCGUCGGCGGCGGCGGCGGCGCUUCGGAAAGACAGGCGACGGUGCACGGCCGGGCCACGUUGGACAUGGCAGGUACGUCCGGCGGAGCCACCGCCAGUGCGAGUGCAAGCGCUCGCAGGGUUGACCACAUGGCCACCACCACCACCACCACCACCAACCCCUUCACUGCCCGAGCGGCCACUGACCCGAGAACGUACAGGCCCGCCGCCCAGUCCCCAUGCAUGGCGGCGCUGGUCAAGCAGCGGAACGGGCAGUUCGGCGCCUACCGGGUCGGGAUGGAAACGGCGUCCGCCGACGUGUCGCGCCUCCUCCGCUGCCCACACUCCUCUUCGGGCGGCGGCGUACCUACAGGCUCGCGCGGCGGCCGCCGCGUCGACGAGACCCUGCCGGGCGUCACGCCCCACCCCGCCUCGUCGGGCGGCUCCUUCUUCCCGCAGUGGCAGCAACCCCGCGACAGCGGCAACAGCGCCAGGCCCGACAGCAGCAGCCCUUGCCCGCAGGCGGCGGCCGACGACGAGCCCCCAGCCAUGGUGCACGAGCUGGACACGGUGAGACCGGCCACCAGCAGUAGCAGCAGCAGCAGCAGCCACGACGACGGAGACGACGACGACGAGCCCGACUUCUCGCGUGGGCUCGACCGGUCCGACUCGCUAUUCCUGCCGACGGCGCGCGACCCGCUCUACAUCGCGACCGACAACCAGGCCGCCGUGACGAGCGCGACGGGCUUUUUGCCGCGGGAGCUGCUGGUGGGUCAACCCGUCAGGCGGGUGCCGGUACCGACACCGACGGCGAGGGCGGUGGCGGUGGCGGUGGCUCAUCCCGUGCACCCCGCCCCCGCCGCGGUCGACAACAGGACCAGCCUGCCCAGCGCGCGGCGGCAGGCGGAGCAGGAGCAGGAGCAGCGGGCCGUCACCUCCGGGAGCAGCAGCGCGCGGCGGUCGAACGCGUCGAGCCGGCGGGGACGGGCGGCGGGAUCCCCGCCGCCACAGCCGCAGCAGCACCACCACCACCACCACCGCGGCUACGGCCACGACCUGCAGGCGGGGACGGAGCCCAGAGCGCCCUCGGACGUGUGCCUGCAGUUCGCCGGUGUGGCAGCGAGCUACAGCACCGCUGCCGGCUCCGGCACCGGCUCCGGCACCGGCAUCGGCGCCGCCCCGAGGCGGCGGCCGUCGUGGCACACUGGCGACGACGACUGCGGCAUCUACAACGCGUAG